AUGGACCUCGCCGUCCGAGCAAGUCUCCGUGGCUGGAAAUUUCUCUAUCUCGGUGACCUUCAGGUGAAAAGUGAGCUUCCAAGUACUUUUAGAGCCUUCCGUUUCCAGCAACAUAGAUGGUCUUGUGGACCUGCAAAUCUCUUUAGGAAAAUGGUCAUGGAGAUUGUCAGAAACAAGAAAGUGAGAUUCUGGAAGAAAGUGUAUGUGAUCUACAGCUUCUUCUUUGUGAGGAAAGUCAUUGCACAUUGGGUCACAUUUUGUUUCUACUGCGUUGUUCUUCCUCUCACCAUUCUUGUCCCUGAAGUUAAAGUUCCCAUCUGGGGUUCCGUUUACAUCCCUUCCAUCAUCACUAUCCUAAACUCCGUUGGCACUCCCAGGUCGAUUCAUCUGCUGUUCUACUGGAUUCUGUUUGAGAAUGUGAUGUCGCUGCACCGGACAAAGGCCACACUCAUUGGUCUGUUUGAGGCAGGUAGAGCUAACGAAUGGGUCGUGACAGCUAAGCUUGGAAGCGGUCAAAGUGCUAAAGGGAACACAAAAGGGCUUAAAAGAUUCCCAAGAAUCUUCAAGUUGCCUGAUCGAUUGAAUACACUUGAGCUUGGAUUCGCGGCAUUCUUGUUCGUGUGUGGAUGUUAUGACUAUGUGCAUGGGAAGAACAACUACUUCAUCUACUUGUUUCUUCAGACAAUGUCUUUCUUCAUCAGUGGGCUUGGCUGGAUUGGGACGUAUGUUCCGAGUUAG